UGUGGCGGCUCCGUGCGGGACGAUGUGUGGAAUCUUCGCUUAUCUGAACUACAGAGUACCUCGGACUCGGAAGGAGAUAUUUGAGACUCUGAUCAAAGGACUUGAGAGACUAGAAUACAGAGGAUAUGACUCGGCAGGUGUUGCCAUUGAUGGAAAUGAUAAUGAGGAUAAAGAGAGGUUCAUUAAACUGGUCAAGAAAAGAGGAAAGGUAAAGGCCCUGGAUGAAGAAUUAUACAAACAAGAUGGUCUGGACCUAAAGGUAGACUUUGAAACACAUUUUGGAAUUGCUCACACUCGUUGGGCAACCCAUGGAGUCCCCAGUGUAGUAAACAGUCACCCUCAGAGAUCGGGUAAAGGGAAUGAAUUUGUUGUUAUCCACAAUGGAAUCAUCACAAACUAUAAGGAUCUGAGAAAAUUUCUGGAAAGCAAAGGCUAUGAGUUUGAAUCUGAAACCGAUACAGAAACCAUCCCCAAACUAAUCAAAUAUAUAUAUGACAACAGAGAGACGGAGGACAUCAGCUUUUCAGCAUUGGUGGAAAGAGUUAUUCAGCAGCUGGAAGGUGCUUUUGCCUUGGUUUUCAAGAGCAGCCACUAUCUGGGUGAAGCUGUUGCUGCCAGGAGAGGAAGUCCUCUACUCAUUGGAGUUCGCAGCAAAUACAAGCUUUCCACUGAACAGAUUUCUGUCCUGUAUCGGUCAUGCAACAUUGAAAACGUGAAGAAUAUAUGCAAGACCCGAAUGAAAAGAUUGGAUGGUUCUACCUACCUUCAUGCUGUUGGAGAUAAAGCAGUAGAAUUUUUCUUUGCUUCUGAUGCAAGUGCCAUCAUUGAACACACCAACAGAGUAAUCUUCCUAGAAGAUGAUGAUAUUGCAGCAGUAACUGAUGGGAAACUUUCUAUCCAUCGACUGAAACGUUCAGCUAGUGAUGACCCCUCUCGAGCCAUCCAGACUUUGCAGAUGGAAUUGCAGCAAAUAAUGAAGGGUAACUUCAGUGCAUUUAUGCAGAAAGAAAUCUUUGAACAACCAGAAUCUGUUGUCAAUACCAUGAGAGGCAGAGUGAAUUUUGAGAGCAGUACUGUUCUGUUGGGUGGUCUUAAGGAUCAUUUGAAAGAAAUCAGGAGGUGCCGCCGACUGAUCAUCAUUGGUUGUGGAACCAGUUAUCAUGCUGCAGUAGCUACGCGCCAAGUGCUGGAAGAAUUGACAGAGCUGCCUGUGAUGGUGGAACUUGCUAGCGACUUCCUGGACAGAAACACUCCUGUAUUCAGGGAUGAUGUAUGCUUCUUUGUCAGUCAGUCAGGUGAGACUGCAGAUACGCUUAUGGCCUUGCGGUAUUGUAAGGAACGUCGAGCUUUGACGGUUGGCAUUACAAAUACUGUGGGAAGCUCAAUAUCCAGAGAUACUGACUGUGGUGUACAUAUCAAUGCAGGCCCAGAGAUAGGUGUGGCAAGCACAAAGGCUUACACCAGCCAGUUCAUCUCUCUUGUAAUGUUUGGCCUGAUGAUGUCUGAAGACAGAAUUUCCCUGCAGAAAAGGAGACAGGAGAUCAUCAGCGGGCUGCAAUCAUUACCAGAGAUGAUUAAAGAAGUCUUGUCCUUGGAUGAGAAGAUACAUGAUUUGGCUCUUGAAUUGUACAAACAGAGAUCGCUUUUAGUGAUGGGUCGUGGUUAUAAUUAUGCUACAUGUCUGGAAGGAGCAUUGAAAAUCAAGGAGAUCACAUACAUGCAUUCUGAAGGUAUCUUGGCUGGUGAACUGAAGCAUGGGCCACUGGCCCUUAUUGAUAAACAAAUGCCUGUUAUCAUGGUAAUUAUGAAGGAUCCCUGCUUCAACAAAUGCCAGAAUGCCUUGCAACAGAUCACUGCUCGACAGGGUCGCCCAAUCAUUUUGUGUUCUAAAGAAGAUACAGAAAGCUCAAAAUAUGCAUACAAAACUAUUGAGCUGCCACACACGGUUGACUGUCUCCAAGGGGUUCUGAGUGUUAUUCCCCUCCAGCUGCUUUCAUUCCACCUGGCUGUUCUCAGAGGAUAUGAUGUGGAUUUUCCAAGAAACCUGGCCAAAUCUGUGACGGUGGAAUAAACAACCUGCAACUUUUGUCACCAAACUUCUAAAUUUAUUUUCUACAAAUGUAUUGUUAUUCGUUGAGUACACAACUUUCUAAGUAGAAUGAUGAUAUUGUUAACUGGAAAGUGUUGAGGAAGUUUGGCAUGUUUGUUUUUUAACUUGUUCUGACAACCCGUUUUUAAAAGCUUUUGAUGUGCCUUGUACCCAAGUGCUUUUGCUUACAGCAAAUGUUUCUCUAAAUAGUAAUAUUGCCAAAAGAGAAAGACAGAAAGCAAAUCAUUGUUUACACAUGGUAUAGUGAAUGAAGUUUUCUACUAUUGUGCAAUAUAUAUAUACAGCUCUGUUUUAGAGUAACUGUGAACACUUUUAGCCAACACUACUUUAACUAGUUUUAAAAACAAUAUAUUUAUAAGUACA